CUGUGAUAUAGUCGUUUUCAACUGAAAUUACUCUAGAAAGUCCAAUUACUCCAUUAUUUCCAAAAUGCCAAGAUUACGCUUGCGUAGAUCUAUAUAUAAAAGAGCUAAAAAGGAAACUCAGUUAAAUAUAGAGCUAAUUAAUAGUUCCUUACCCUCUACUAAUACUCAACAUUGUCCAUUGAAUGAGUUUGUAAGCGAACAGUAUGAUAGUAAUGACGGGGCUUCAACAUCGGGUAUUACAUCUUAUCAAAAUAUAGUACCACAUGAUUAUGAUAUUAUGCAUGUAGAUUUUAGUAAUUCAGAUUUGGAAAGUGGCAGUAUUGAUUUGGAUGAAAUAAGUGAAGAAGGUGCUUCUACUGACAGUAAAAAUAAUCCAGUUUUUAAUAAAGUAGAUCAAUUUCAUUUGGAAUCCUAACUAGCUAAAUGGGCAUGUAAAUACCAAAUUCAUCAUAAUGCCCUGAAUGACUUAUUAAAAUUAUUGAAAAAUGAUCACCCGGAUUUACCUUCAGAUAGUAGAACUUUACUAAAAACUCCAAGGGAAGUUGCUGUUGUAGAUAUUUCUCCAGGUCAGUACUAUCAUUUUGGCCUUUCAUUUACGUUAAACAAUCUGUUACAUGCACUAGGAGAAAAAGAGUGCAGUCAGUUGAGUUGUCUUGAACUAAUGAUUAACGUAGAUGGUCUGCCAAUUGCUAAGUCUAGCAGCAAACAGUUAUAUCCCAUUUUGUGUCAGA